CAACCCCUUUUGUUCUCUUUCAUUACCCUAUCACUUACUGCCCACUUUUCUGGACACAAAUAAUCAACCCAUUCUCGCUCUCUCCAUCUCUCCCAUGAACUCUCUCUAUCCAUUAAUGGCGAAACACGAAGAACAAGAUCCCGAUCUUAAACUCUAUAUCUUCCCCUCUACCUCCCAAGUUGCAGCUGCUUCUUCACACCUUGCUUUUGCCACUUGCUUUACUUCUAGUGCCACUCAACAUGAUCAUCAAAGAAUGGAUCUUCAUCAUCAUCAAAACCAGGGUGAAAAAGAAAUUGAUGGAUCAAGAACAGAUAUUGAUCAUCAAGAACAGCAACUAGAUGAGUAUCAAAUCAAAAAGCGAGAUAAUGGGUCAGCUGCAAAAUACUGGAUGUCUUCAAAGAUGAGAUUGAUGCAAAAGAUGAUGAAAGUUGGCGGUGGAAAUUCAGAUCAGGCGGCGGCGGCGGCGGCUGGUAGAAGAAGCAAUAAUAAUGAAGGAAGAUCGUGUUGUAGUUCAAAUGGUGUUAGGGUUUGCAGUGAUUGUAACACCACGACAACUCCUCUAUGGCGCAGUGGUCCUCAAGGCCCUAAGUCGCUAUGCAAUGCAUGUGGGAUCCGGCAGAGGAAGGCAAGGCGAGCGAUGGCGGAAGCUGCAAAUGGCGGUGGGCGUGGGGCAGUCGUGGUGGCGGCGGCGUCGGGGAAGGAGUUGUACAAGGAGAAGAAAUCACGUUUGAGUUGGCAUGGAGAUGAUGACGAUGGUGAGGAAGUGAAGAAGAAGAAGGGCAAUAAUAGGAAUAUGGGAGAGAAGUGUUUGGAGUCUCAAAGUGAAGGGAGGAACGACGGUGUUUUACGUUUGAGCAAAAAUGGUUCGGCUUUUGGGAGGGUGUUUCCAAGAGACGAGGAAGAAGCCGCCAUUCUUUUGAUGGAGCUUUCUUGUGGUCUUGUUCACACCUGUUGA